UAAUGCCCAUUUCCUCACGUGUUCACGAGAGUGCUCCAAACAAACAGCAUUCAUGAGCAAACGUUACAAAACAGUGUUAAACAUGUCGCUGAUGGACAGGGAGCGGGACUCCUCCGAGCCGACUGCUUUGACCAUUCUUCGCUGCAGAAAAUGCCGAAAAUGUCUGGUGGAAUCUUGCUCUUUGCUGUCGAUGGGGAACUCCGGUGAGCUGUCUACCCUGUGCAGGGUAUGGCACAUGAACGUGGACAACCUGCCUGAUUGGGUUCAGACAGCCGUUCAUCAGGCCAGAUGGACGGUGGGCAAGCUGAACUGCCCCUUCUGCGGCGCUCGUCUCGGCAGCUUCAACUUUGUCAACUGCUCCAGGUGCCCGUGUGGCCAGGAGGACGUGGUGCACGUCAGCAAGAGCCGAGUGGACCACGACAGCAGGAAGGGACCCUCCUCCUUCUCCCCCUCCCCCUCCUCCUCCUCUUCCUCCUCCUCCUCUGUAGUCCCCAUCCGGCCCCUGCCGAGGGCCCGCAUGCGGAGAGCGUGGGGGCCAGCGGGCAGGACCAGCUCCCAGGACGAGCUGCGGGAGGUGGAGGCCGCUGAGAGGAUGGUGAGGGUCGGGAGCGAGGGCUGCCUGCCCGAAGCCCAGUCCUCCUGCCCGGCCAUCCUGCGACUCAUCGGGACCUCCACCCCCAUCACGCCUUCACAUCGACUGGGGAGCGAGGCGGCCGUGCAGCUGGAGGGUCAUGGCCACGUCCACAUGGCCGCUCUCCCCUCCUCUGCCUCAACCACCCAGGCGCUCUCUGGCUUCUGCGGAAUAUCCAGCCUGUCCUGUUUUGGGGAAUCCUCCCUCAAGCGCCUGCUGGACCUGGCUGAAGUGGAGACGGUGAGGCUGGGCUCCAGCGAACGGCACUCCCCCCUCCCUACUGCUGCUGCUGCUGCUGCUGCUGCGCCGCUGCUGCUAGGACCGAGCCAGACACUGUCACCUCCGCCAGAGACCUCGGAGGACAACUCUGGGGACAGCAACAGCAGCGGCAGCACUCACCUAAGUGGCCUCUUUGAGUCGGCUCAGCAGCGGCAGGAAGGCAUGGGGACGCUCGUGACCGAAGAUGCCGUCACGUUCCCGGACCUGGUGCUGCUUCAUGAUGAACCCCGCCCGGCUUCACCUGUACCCAGCAACAGAGUCCCUACAGACAGUGCUGAUGAGGACGGUGACGUAGAAGAAGACUAUGAAGAAGGAGGAGAUGGAGAUGGAGAUGGAGAUUGGGCCACCACAGUGCCCCCUAGGGCCCAGGAUUCACCACCACCACCACCAGCAGCAGCAGCAGCAGCGCCAGCGCUACCAGCCAGGCCAGGGGCCACCGGUGCGGAGUACCAGCUGAGCAAGCGCGAGAAGAACCGGCUGAAGAGCCAGCGGCGCAAGCGGAGGAAGAUCGAGAGAUGGUUACGCAGUCAGCUGGAGGAGGGGAAAGGAGAGGGCUUGUCUCCGGCUGGUAGUGAGGAUGAGGAGGAGCGUGAGGGCCACACGUGUGCGGUGUGCCUGGACGUCUACUUCUAUAAAGAUGUUCUAAUGUGUGUGUGUGUGUGUGUGUGUGUGUGUGGCUUGUCUCCGGCUGGUAGUGAGGAUGAGGAGGAGCGUGAGGGCCACACGUGUGCGGUGUGCCUGGACGUCUACUUCAGCCCCCACAUGUGCCAGCCGUGCGGCCACGUCUUCUGCGAGCCCUGCCUGCGCACGCUGGCCAAGAACCGGCCCGCCAGCACGCCCUGCCCCCUCUGCAGAACCACCAUCUCACACACACUCUUCCAGAAAGAGCUAAACCAGACAUCGCAGACGUUUUUCCCCAAGGAGUACCUGUCCAGGAAGCAGACGUUCCAGAAAGCCAACUACGCCAAGUGGCCGCUCCCUCACUGCCCAAAACGCUUCCGCAUCUUCUGGGGGUUCCAGAGGGAGGGUGGGCGCGCUGGCGCUGGCGCUGGCCGCUGGCAGUUCCCCAACCGGCACUUUGGCCUGGACGCCCUGGACCUGGUGGACAUGCGGGUCUGGCCCUUCGACAUAGACCUGGUCAUCAUCUACGUCUACUCCGUCCACUGGAUACUCGCCUUCCUCAUCCUCUGCUUCGUGGGAUACUGUUUCUUUUUUUGAAAAGGGGGGUGGUGUCUACCAGAUACAAGGGGUAUUGUUAAUGAAAGGGAGGGGUUUCAUAAUGACAGUUUGGCGCGGUAGGGGAACAUGAUGUGCACAUAGAAGACUAUGGUUGAUGAUGACAUGGUUGGGGAAGUGAAUUAUUUCAUUUCAAGGGGACGUUUUGAUCACCCACUAGAUCAGGGGUGGGGAACCUAUGUCUAGAGAGCCGUUUUCGGCCCUUGAGGCCGUAUUACCCAGCCCCCGAUAUAAUUUUAAUGUUAUGCAGCAAAAACAUGUUUUUGUAAAGGAAUCUCAGAAAUUACAUUUGCAGUAUAAUUAAGUUAUAUUUCAGGGGACCUAGAGAAGGUGGAGUCUGUUUUAAAGGUGGCUGCCUUCAAUAUAGGCGUUAGUGCAAGGGGAAAUCCUGAUUUGUGUUCAUAGUAUGGCCCCUGGAGGACUUCUACAGCCCUUGGAGGAAUUUGGAAGUGGCCCCUGGAAUGAAAAAGGUUCCCCCCCCCUGCACUGGAUAUAGGUGAUGCUUAGGAGAGGGAAAGGGGGAGUUCACCAGGACAAUUUUGGGUGGGAGGGUGGCAAAGCAUGACAUGCACAUAAAAGACUACUAAUUUUGGAUUGAUGGCCCAAAAUGACCUAAUUUCACUGGGAUGUAUUGAUGAACCGCCAGAUACAGCAGGUGCCACCAAGGAGAGGGAGAGGGAGAGGGAGGGGGCUCAUGGGUUCAUGUAUGACAUGCACAUCGAAGAUGCCUACUAGCAGAGUUCGGUGUGGAACAUUAGUAAACCUCCCUCCCGAAGCCUCAUACAGUAUCGGUAGCGUUCAGCAGUAUUGUGUUGUGCUUCCCAUGCUCCAACUCGAUCGUUGAGUGGUUGGCUGCGGGUUCGAGCCCCUAUUGGCGAACUGUCUCAGAUCACCUCAGUUACACACACAUGAGACUACGACCUGGUUGGGAUGUGGGCCCAAAAUGACUGUCUUUCAGACGUGUUGAUCAACCUGAUACAGGUGGUAGGUACAUAAGAGAGUGACAGAGGGGGUUCCUCUGGACAAUUUGGAGGUGGAGAGCAUGUCACACAUGAGGCUUUGAUUAUGUUUGGAGUGUGGCCCAGAAUUACUUUAUUUCAGGAGGGAGGGUUGACCGCCCACCAGAUACCGGGGGUGCUGAUAAGAAUAAUUAGGGUGGGAGUUUGCUGCCUAGAGGGGUUCAUCAUGACAAUUCCGGGCUGCCCAGAGAAUGACAUGCACACAUAGUACUGUGAUGGCGCAGAAAUGUAUCAAAUCUGCAUAGAGCACUGAAAAACUGCAAUGCAUUUUGGUUAGAAAUGUAUCAUGUGCAUGCAUGCGCGUGGAUCAGUUUGCUCCGUUUUGAUUGGUUUCUGUGCCAUCGGGAAAGAGGUGUACACUAUGUUUGGGGUGUGGGCCCAAAAUGACUUUCUUUCAGGGUUGUAGUAGAUCAGGACUAUCAGACCAGGC